AUGAAUCAAUGGCAAUAUAAGUCAGAUUUAUCAAUUAUUCUAUGCCUUCUUAUUUUUUCCUGUGGACUUUUGGCAAACGAGUUGCUUUAUAAGCCGGAUGACAAUGUGCAAAAACUCGAUUCCACAACAUUUGAAACUCAACUUAACGAGUCGACGGCGGCAAAGCUGGUUAAAUUCUACAACGGAUUCUGUGAAGACACCCAAAAAUUUAUACCCGUGUUCAAGAAUCUGUCCCGAAAACUUUACAAAUGGAUACGCAUACUGAAGGUCAACGUUCUCGAUUGCUCGCAGGACAUGAACCACAGGAUCUGCCGCACUUUCAACAUCCACAAAACGCCUACGCUGCGAUACUUUCCACCGAAUUACACUCGAAGCAGCGAUGGCCUGGGCAUUGAGAUCACCAGUCGGAAUGCCAACGAAAUUGAGUCGGUACUGGCAUUACAUCUGCAAAAGUUAAAGUACUUUAAAAUGUUCGCGCGGGAGGACAAUGUGACGUAUAUAUUCCGGGACCACACCUACGUGAAGUACGUUGUUUUGGUCUUCCAGAUGUGCAUGUCCAAUUUCCUACCUCACUGGGAGACCGGGCAUUCCAUGGAGGAGAGAAUUGCCCACCUGGACGAUUGCAAUGAUGACAAUCCGGUCAUUUCGGCCAUUGGAAGGAACACUCUGCUCGCAUUGCUGCGCUAUGACGAAGUCGUGGUGCGCGUCUUUGACGAUCAUGGCAUAUACAACAAGUUUGGCAUAUCACCGGUGCCAAAUUUGCUGGUACUCGUGAAUAGCGCUGGAAAUCUGCUGUUCCUCACCCCCGAGAUGGACACUAGUGAGGCUUAUGUGGCUGCCAUCGAGCAGUUCCUAAAGUUUAUGGACCACAAGCCACAGUCGCCACUGCCAAAAACGCUGCCCACCAACAAUGCUGCCCUGCGGACCGAUAUAUUUGAGCAGCUUGAAAACCAACCGCAUCGAGUCUUUCGAGCCGAUCUGGAACGGGCAAUUGACCACAUCCUCAACGUGGAACUACCCAAGACACCACUGUUUGUGGGCAGAAAGCUAACUGUCCUGCGCAAUUUUCUCAGGCUGCUUAACUACAUAAGCCCUCUGCAUCCGGAGGCAAAAGAAAAGAUCACCAGUCUAUACUAUUCGAUUAGAGUUAGGAGAAAACUUUCGGGAGUCGAGCUGAAGGAAUUGAUUUGGAAAUCCUUCAAGGAAUAUAAGUUCCGCGGCAAGCUAUAUAUUGGAUGCAUUGCCUCACGACCUUUUUUGCGAGGCUUCGAUUGCUCCCUUUGGACACUUUUCCAUUAUUUCACCGUAGAAUCGGGCCACAUUAAUGAUGGUUCCGUUUUGUUGGUCUUUACAGGGUAUGUACAAUUUUUUAUGGAGUGCAGGGAGUGCCGGAGGAAGCUAAAGAAAUUCGAGGUACUUCGACCAAUUACUGACUUGGCCAAGAAGGACGCUCAGAUAUUGUGGCUGUGGGAAGCCCAUAAUAACAUAAACAAGCUGCUGGCCGGCGGUUCUACUGAGGAUCCCAAAUUCCCAAAGAUUCAGUUUCCAAGCGAAAAGGAUUGUCCCAGAUGUCGGGAUGACCAGUCCAAGUGGCGCAUGGAUGAAGUGCUGAAGUAUCUAAAACACAUCUAUUGCCAUGAGAACCUUAGCUGGUUCGGAAUGGCAUCCGCAUACGCUUACACUUCAUAAUUUUAUUAUU